AUAUAAAACACACAUCAUCUACUGCUGCCAACUAUUCUACAUCAUUUCCACAGUAGAUUUAAGAAUAUCCCAAAAACCGAUCGACGACCUCCAAUCAAAGAGGAAGCCAUGUAAAUUUUGAACAUAUAUAUCUGACGUGACACAAAAUUAAAUUAAAAUCCCUAUAUACACAGCCUCACACUUAUAUAUAUAUGUGCCAUCUGAAGUUGCAAAAGAGAUCCAAAUUUGAGCUUUUCUUACAUCAACAAUGGAGAAAAAUGAUAAGAUUGAGGCCCCUGCAACAAAAAAAGAACCAAACUACAGAGGAGUGAAAGCCAUGCCUUUCGUCAUAGGUAAUGAGACAUUUGAGAAGCUUGGAACAAUUGGGACAUCAUCAAAUCUUCUAGUAUACCUCACCACCGUCUUCAACAUGAAGUCCAUCACCGCCACCAACGUUAUCAACAUCUUCAAUGGCACCUGCAACUUCGGCACAUUGCUCGGCGCCUUCAUCUCCGACACCUACCUCGGCCGCUACAAAACCCUCGGCAUCGCCUCCAUCUCCUCCUUCUUGGGUAUGCUGAUCUUGACAAUGACAGCGACGUUACCGGGUCUGCACCCGCCGAAAUGCGGGUCGGGCGAGUGCGUGGGGGCGACGGUGGGGCAGCUGGCGUUUCUAUUCACGGCGUUCGUGUUCCUGGUGGUGGGGGCGAGCGGGAUCCGGCCGUGCAACCUGGCGUUCGGGGCGGACCAGUUCAACCCGAAGACGGAGUCGGGUAAACGGGGCAUCAACAGCUUCUUCAACUGGUACUACUUCACCUUCACGUUCGCGAUGAUGGUGUCGCUGACCGUCAUCGUGUACGUGCAGGCCAGCAUCAGCUGGGCCGUGGGACUCGCCAUCCCGGCCUUCCUCAUGUUCCUCUCCUGCGCCGUCUUCUUCGUCGGCACCAGGAUUUACGUCAUGAUUCUGCCGCUGGGCAGCCCCAUGACCAGCCUUAUUCAGACAUUGGUUGUCGCUUUCAAGAAGAGGAAGCUGCAGCUGCCGGAUAACCCCUUGGAAUUGGAUUCCCUCUUCACUUACCACUCUCCCCUUUCCAUCAACUCCAAACUUGCUUAUACCAAUCAACUCAGGUGGCUCAACAAAGCUGCGAUAAUAAGAGAAGAAGACGAGAUAAACGCCGACGGAUCCGCCGCGGAUCCAUGGAAUCUGUGCAGCGUGCAACAAGUGGAGGAGAUGAAAUGCGUGAUCCGAGUGACCCCAAUCUGGAUCUCCGGCGUCGUCUACUACGUCAUUUUAGCCCUAACCCAGACCUAUCUAGUCUUCCAAGCCCUCCAAACCGACCGCAGAUUCUCCCGCAGCGGCAAUUUCAAAAUCCCCGCCGCCACCUACAACAUCCUCACCAUGAUGAGCCUCACGAUCUGGAUCCCGGUCUACGACCGCCUCCUCGUGCCCCUCCUCCGCCGCGUCACGCGCCGCGAGGAAGGGAUCACGAUGCUGCAGCGCAUGGGGAUCGGGAUCUUCCUGGCCGUGGUGACGAUGCUGGUGUCGGGCCUGGUGGAGGCCCGGCGGAGGGGCGUGGCCCUCACGCGCCCCACCCUGGGCGUGGAGCGGGGGCGGGGCGCGGUGUCGGCCAUGUCGGGCUACUGGCUGGCGCCGCAGCUGGCGCUGGCCGGGGUGUCGGAGGCGUUCACGGUGAUCGGGCAGAUCGAGUUCUUCUACAAGCAGUUCCCGGAGAAUAUGAGGAGCUUCGCCGGCUCGUUCCUCUUCUGCGGGUUCGCCAUCUCGAGCUACUUCACGAGCUUUCUGGUGUCGGUGGUGCACAACACGACGAGGGUGGGCGCGUCGGGGAAUUGGCUGGCGGAGGAUUUGAACGAGGGGAGGUUGGAUUACUUUUACUACCUUGUGGCGGGGUUGGAGGCGCUCAAUUUGGGGUAUUUUUUGGUUUGUGCUAGGUGGUAUAGGUAUAAGAGUAAUGAUACUAGUGAUAGUAGUGUCCAAAUGGAGAAGCUUGGUGAUGCUCCAAAAUCUGUAUAGUUUUUUUAAAUAUUUUUGAAUAAGUUGAUGUUU